AAUAAAUAAAAAAAUAAUAUCUAAUGUCUGGAGAGCUACCUAAAAUCACUUCUAAGAGUUUAUUUUCUACUUAUGUCGAGAAAAAGAAUGCAGAAGAAGAAGCAUUAAAAAUUAGGAAUAGAAUUGAUUAAAUAAGACAAGAACGUGAUAAAAUAAUAAAGAGAAUAUAGUCUGAAGAGUUAAAGGCAGAACAAAUUUACAAACAUAGAUUGGAACUAUAAUUAAAAGUAAUUUCUACCUUAAAGUGAUAGAAAGAAGAAAAAAUCAGAUAGAAGGUGGAAGCACCUCCUCCUUUUUCUUUAGGCGUUUCUAGAGCAUAGAGAGAGACUCUAAAGAGAAUAAAAGAAGAAAUGCUUCACAGAAAGAAAACUGAAGUAAAGGAAUUUAGAAGUUGGCAUCGACAUGAUUUAUAGGAAACUAGAUUAUAGAAAAGUUUGGAUCAUGAAUCUUAUCGUUCUAAAGUUCUUUAAGGAAAGGAAGAGGAGAGAUAGGCUAAUUUAAAUACUUUAUCUAAGUUGAAAGAAAGAAGAAAUAGAAUCAGAUAUGAAUUAGAAAUAGAAAAAGAUAGAAUUCAAAGAGAGAAAAAUGAGUAUGAUUAGAAGAUUCAUGAAUUAGAAUAAUUGGAAUAAUUAGAAUUAGCAAAUUUGUAGAAAACUCUCCAAAGACAAAAUUAAGCAAAAGAAAAAGUUAAUUUAGCUUAAACUUUGUCACCUAAAGAAUUGGAAGCUAAAUUUGGUUAUAAUUCAACAAGUUCAUGA